AUGCGGCCAGCCUUCUUUCUCGGUCUUCUGCUGCUGGCUGUCGUCGUUUCAGGCCAAAAACGCCGCUGGUGCAACUCGUCGCGUGACUGCCCAGAGGAAUUCGACUGCUUCCGGAAUAAGUGCUCUGAUUGGGAUAUCGGCAAGAAGACGCCAUCGCG